GUAGCUUACAUAGUAGCAAGCCCGUCCUGCCUCCCCCGGCUGUUCUGGGUUAGAGCAGGGACACUGAAAGGAGUAAGGAGCGGCGGCCGGAGCGAGUUUGUGGGGGGGAGAGCAGGCCUGAGUCCGAGCAGAACAUCCUCAUGCAUCAGCACCCUCGGAAGAACCCCCCCACCCCAUCCCUGAUCCGUUGUCCUGAGCUUCCACCCCCAGGCUCUGGCUCUUGGACACAAGAUGGCCAUUCUUAAAGACUGAACUCAGGAUCCAUAAAAAGAAAGUUGGGAAACAGCUGGAUGAACUUGAUCACGAUGAGUAGAUAACGGGGUUCCCACUGACCAUGGCUCCCUGGAAGAGGAGUCGUCAUGGCCUGGGCUUUCUUUGCUGCUUUGGGGGCAAUGACAUCCCGGAGAUCAACCUCCGGGACAACCAUCCGCUGCAGUUCCUGGAGUUCUCCAGCCCUAUCCCACCUGCAGAGGAGCUCAAUGCCCGCUUUGCAGAGCUUGUGGAUGAGUUGGAUCUCACAGACAAAAAUAGGGAGGCCAUGUUUGCACUGCCAUUGGAAAAGAAAUGGCAGAUCUACUGCAGCAAGAAGAAGGAACAGGAGGAUCCCAACAAGUUGGCGACCAGCUGGCCAGAUUAUUACAUUGAUCGAAUAAACUCCAUGGCUGCUAUGCAGACUCUGUAUGCCUUUGAUGAAGAGGAAACAGAGAUGAGGAACAAAGUUGUUGAAGACCUAAAGACAGCUCUUCGCACUCAACCCAUGAGAUUUGUGACUCGAUUCAUUGAGUUAGAUGGGUUGACCUGCCUCUUGAACUUUCUUCGGAGUAUGGACCAUGCCACUUGUGAGAGCCGAAUACAUACGUCCCUUAUUGGCUGCAUCAAGGCACUGAUGAACAAUUCCCAGGGUCGUGCCCAUGUGUUGGCACAACCUGAGGGCAUUAGCACCAUUGCCCAAAGCUUGCGCACUGAGAAUAGCAAAACCAAGGUGGCUGUGCUUGAGAUCCUGGGUGCUGUCUGCCUGGUGCCUGGGGGCCAUAAGAAGGUGCUCCAAGCCAUGUUGCACUACCAGGUAUAUGCAGCUGAGAGGACACGCUUCCAGACUUUGUUGAAUGAGCUGGACCGAAGCAUGGGGCGCUAUCGGGAUGAAGUGAAUCUGAAGACAGCCAUCAUGUCCUUCAUUAAUGCCGUCCUCAAUGCUGGUGCUGGAGAGGAUAAUCUGGAGUUUCGGUUACAUCUGCGAUAUGAGUUCCUAAUGUUGGGAAUACAGCCUGUAAUUGACAAACUUCGCAGGCAUGAGAACGCCAUAUUGGACAGGCACUUAGACUUCUUUGAAAUGGUCCGGAAUGAGGAUGACUUGGAAUUAGCCAGAAGGUUUGACAUGGUACACAUUGAUACCAAGAGUGCAUCACAAAUGUUUGACCUGAUCCACAGGAAGCUGAAACACACAGAAGCAUAUCCCUAUCUGCUCUCCAUGCUGCAACACUGUUUACAGCUACCUUAUAAGCGGAAUGGUGGGAGCAUCCAUCAUUGGCAGCUCCUUGAUCGGAUCCUCCAGCAGAUCGUCCUACAGGAUGAGAGGGGCGUGGACCCUGAUUUGGCACCCCUGGAGAACUUCAACGUCAAAAAUAUCAUCAAGAUGCUUGUCAAUGAAAAUGAAGUGAAUCAAUGGCGAGAUCAAGCUGAGAAAUUCCGAAAAGAGCACACAGAGCUGGUGAGCCGGCUAGAGCGGAAGGAGCGAGAAUGUGAGACAAAAACCAUAGAAAAAGAUGAGAUGAUGAAGACUCUGAACAAGAUGAAGGACAAGCUGGCCCGAGAGUCCCAGGAACUACGUCAAGUCCGAGGACAGUUGGCAGAAUUGGUAGCUCAGUUUAAUGAGUUCUCGCCCACUGGUACUUUGUCUUCCCCUCCUCCUCCAGGAGGUCCCCUUUCCCUCCCCUCUUCCAAAAACUCCACUGACUUACCUCCACCCCCACCUCCCCUGCCUUUCUCCUGCAGCCCUCCACCCCCACCCCCACCUCUUCCACCUGGUGGACCUCCCCCUCCUCCAGGAGCACCCCCUUGCUUUGGUGUGGAGAUGCCCCCUCCUCUAACUUCUCUACCUAGCAGCUGCCUGCCUCUCAGGAAGAAGUGUGUACCACAGCCUUCCCAUCCUCUGAAGUCUUUCAACUGGGUAAAGUUGAAUGAGGAACGAAUCUCUGAUACUGUGUGGAAUGAGAUUGAUGAUCUUCAAGUAUUUCGGGUCUUGGACUUGGAGGACUUAGAAAAAAUGUUCUCAGCCUAUCAGAGGCAUCAGGACCUGCUAACUAAUCCUUCCUUUAAGCAGAAAGAGAUGGGUUCCAUCGAAGACCUCUACCUGACCACAAGAAAGGUCAAAGAACUCUCAGUCAUUGAUGGCCGAAGAGCCCAGAAUUGUAUCAUCCUCCUUUCCAAGUUGAAGCUCUCUAAUGAGGAAAUUCGACGAGCUGUGCUUAAGAUGGAUGAAGAAGAAGACCUGGCUAAAGAUAUGCUGGAGCAGCUGCUCAAGUUCAUCCCUGAGAAGAGUGACAUUGAUCUACUGGAGGAGCACAAGCAUGAGAUAGAUCGAAUGGCCCGGGCUGACCGUUUCCUCUAUGAGAUGAGCAGGAUUGAUCACUACCAACAGCGUCUACAGGCCCUUUUCUUUAAGAAAAAGUUUCAAGAGAGACUGGCAGAGGCCAAGCCGAAAGUAGAAGCCCUCCUGCUGGCCUCCAGGGAACUGACCCGCAGCAACCGACUAAAGCGUCUCUUGGAAGUCGUCCUCGCCAUUGGCAACUACAUGAACAAGGGACAACGAGGGGGAGCUUAUGGUUUCCGAGUCUCCAGCCUCAACAAGAUUGCUGACACCAAGUCCAGUAUUGACAGGAACAUCUCUUUGCUCCAUUAUCUGAUUAUGGUUUUGGAGAAGAAUUUCCCUGACAUCCUCAACAUGCCUACCGAGCUUCAGCAUCUUCCUGAAGCUGCCAAAGUCAAUUUGUCAGAGCUGGAGAAGGAGAUUAACAACAUCAGAAAAGGGCUGAGAGCUGUGGAGGCGGAGCUAGAAUAUCAGAAGCACCAGAAAAGGGAGUCAGGUGAUAAAUUUGUCCCAAUCAUGAGCGACUUCAUCACCGUUGCCAGCUUCAGUUUCUCAGAGCUGGAGGAUCAACUUAAUGAAGCCAGGGACAAGUUUGCCUUGGCACUGAAGCACUUUGGAGAACCCGAGGGCAAGAUGCAGCCAGAUGAGUUUUUUGGCAUCUUUGACACCUUCCUUCAGGCCUUCUCUGAGGCCCGGCAGGAUCUGGAGACCAUGAGGAGAAAGAAGGAAGAAGAGGAGAGACGGGCACGGAUGGAAGCCAUGCUGAAGGAACAGCGGGAGCGAGAACGUCGACAGCGAAAAGCAGCUGUUGGGGGCAGCUCCUUGGAGGAGGGUGGAGAGUUUGACGACCUGGUCUCUGCUCUGCGCUCAGGUGAAGUCUUUGACAAGGACUUGUCCAAGCUCAAACGAAGCCGCAAGCGGUCAGGAACCCAAGCACUCGAAAUAAGCCGGGAGCGGGCAGUGAACAAACUAAAUUAUUGACUUGGAGAUUUUGGGAGACAGAAAGUGGAAGGCUGCAGCUCAAGGAAACUAAGGGAAGAUUAACGUGGCAAAGUAAGGGGUUGCCUAAUUGGGUGCUUAAGCUGGAUUUGGGGCAGAAGUAUGUGGCUGGCCCAAGUAUAUCCAUCCCCCUUACUUCUCUAACUAUUCUUCUUGUGUCCUGCCCCAUUCUGCUGUAAGGAACUCCUACUCUGAAAGCAUCUCCAAUGAUCUCUAUUGUUACUUGGCCAGAGGUCCGGUGAUUUCCAAGGGAUGCCUAGAAAGAAGUUGUUCUGAGGGCCCAUGGCCCCACCUGCGUGUUGACAUAAAAUAGUUCUAGCAUCUCAAGGAUCAGCUCUGAGCUCCUACUAAAGGCAAACCAAGAUGUUGUUGAGAUUUCAUUGAUGGGGAAAUGGUAGUGGGAGGAGGGACAUUUUCUUUGUAUGGCCUCUGAGCGCUAAAGCACAUAGUCCCCUCAUCCUUGGUACUGAUGCCCCUUUUUCUUGACUAAAGACCUGGAACAUCUAGGGUAGGGAUAGGUCUGUCUGCAAACCUGAAGUCAAAAUGUUCUACUUAGAUGAAAGAGAAAAAGGAAAAAAUUGAUUUUCUGGAAGCUGCCAGAAUACAGACAAGCUUUGUUUGUUGAUCUUCCAUGUAAGGAUUUUGGAUAAAUUUGUCUAAGAGUGAUUAGAAUGUAAAGGUGAUUGGAGGGAAGGAAUGUAGCCAAUGCCAAAAAAAAAAGUGGUUCAAGGAACAGGAAGACAGUCUAGAUUGGUCAUGAGCUAGAAAAUUGGGUUAUUUUCCUUAGUCCAAUUUGGUAUAGAGGAGAGACUCAGUAUUAAUAGCAACUGUCUGGGCCCUGCCUUACCUUGAGUGAAUCAUUUGUAUUGUAGCCAAAGUCAGAGACUUGGGCUUAUGUAUAAAGACUGUAUUCCCUACUCCCAGAAUGGAAUCUGGCUUCCUCUUCUUCCUCCUCUUGAAGGGGAAUGAUUUGGAAUCAGCUGCCUAAGCCCUUUUCCAAACUCUACCCCCUAACUCUGGACCAUAAACUCAAACACCUGCCCUCUCCUGCUCCAAUGUUCACCUCCUUCUUACCCACCCCACCCCAACUCCUAUUCAAAUGUACAUACCCACUGACCAUUGUCCUGGAGACAUGGAAUAUAACCAUUCUCUGUCAGAAGCCCAGAGAACACCAGCUCUUCAUAGCCGGGUUUGAUUUUUUCUGCUCUCUUGAAGAAACUAAAUUGCUCACAACCUCAUUUCUUUUAGACUAUGCCUAAUUCCAGUGCAGCCCAUCUCAUAAAAGUGGGAGCAAAUAGUCCCUUCUCUUCCCUGGUCAUUCAAACCCUACCUAUCUUAGGAAAGGCCUGGGUAUAUGUGGGACAGAUAGAGAACCACUUAUAAGAAAACCAUCUCUUCCCUCAGCUGAAGCAUGAAACAUCAAUAGGCAUGAGUAAGUCAUUUUCCCACACUUUCUAGAGGUGGUCACAUAGUUUAAAGCCAUACCCUGCAAAUCAGGCCUAAUGUAGCAAGUCCAUGUUUACAUAUCUCCAAUGAGGGAUUGACCACUUGGGAUCAAUGGGGUCAAACUCAGAUCUAAAAUGAGGGUUGUGGAUUCAAAGAACUGAUUCCCUUCAAUAAGUGGUCGAUGAAGAGUGGAGCUUGGAACCAAGAAGUGGGUAUGGCCUCCAGCCACUUAGCUCCCAGCUCAUAAAUCUGUUUCCCACUUUCUAGCUGUCCAUAUAGGUAACUCUGAUUGGAGAAGGUGGAGUAGACAGGGGGACAAGUUAACAAGACCUGCUGAUAACUCCCUUCCAGCUCUCCAGAUUUUUCUUCAUCCCCUUCCAGUCUUAUUUCUCAUCUUAUACCGUCCUUUGGUUAGUUCACCUACAGCCUUGCCCUUUCAUUCCUGAUCUCUAGAGAAUCAGAAAGACCAGAGAUAUGGUAGAGGCAGGAAGCUUCCAUUCGCAGUGGACUUUCCCCCUUUAUUGCUCAUGACCUUUUAAGUGCCUUCCACUUGGAGUCUCACAACUAGAUUCCCCUCUUUUUACUUAAUGUCUCUUUUAUAUUUCUUUGCUCUGAUCAAAUGGGUGACCUGAUAUCAGGCCCACUCAGAGUCCAGCUGCCAAUCUUCUGGCUUUCAGGCGGGCGAGGGGGCAGUGAGCAUUCUGGAUGACCUGAAUGUAUUGAAGGCAAGGCACCAGGGUCUUGCCCAAGAAAAAGGCUAGGAGAGCCCAAAGGGAAGGCCAUCCUGCCUUCUGAGAAGUAUGUGCUCAGCAUGUGUUGAGUGUGAAUUGGACUGGAGGAAGGGAUAAGGAAAUGGGAAUGGGGUAGCAUAGGAUGGAAAGGGUCAAAGAUAAAAAAAUCUGGACUUUUGUCUGGAUUGGGGGUGUUAGAGAGGGAUGCAAUUAUGGUUUUGGUCCUCUGGAAUUCUAAUUAUAAGCUGCUCCUCUCUCACAUACACUCCCUAAUCCCAAGGAGGCAUUGGGAAGGAUUUCAGCUACAUUUGUCCAAGGAGUGAAUGGGGUGGAAGGUGAGAUGUUGGGAAGUAUAUUUGGUCCUGGUGUACCUCCAUUUGAAAACCACUUCAGCUUCUUGCCCCCUCCUCCUCCCAAGCCAUAAAGCCAACAGUGCUAGCACCCCUGUCCCCAGCCCUAAAAUACAGUCCCACUCCAUAGAGGGUGGCACAUGGUAGGGUAGUCUAGCCAUAGCAUGUGUUUCUUUCUCCUGGCAUCCCCCUUGUACUGCCACAGAAAAGCCCCAGAUACUGACAUGUGGAGAUAUGUGGUGGAUAUUGUGCUUUUUGUCUAGGAGCAUACAGCACACACAGUUUUGUUUAGUUUGUUUUAAUUUAGAUGAGGAGACCCAUCAGCCCUGGCAGCCCGUUUUCUAUUUAUUGUUCCCUAGUUCCUGCUGGCCCAGAGGGCCAAUGGGAGCAGCGAAGGCUGCUUGGCAAGAUUAGCUCCCCAACAUCCCCCCAACAGACUGACUGAAGAGGCUGGCCCAGCAAGAAUUGGGGGGAAACGGAGUCAUGGACCGAUGCCCCUUUAAGGCUGGGUCUAACAGGUACCUGGUGUACUGCCUCAUUUUAUUCUCUUUCAAAACCAUUAAGUUUUGCCCUUCUCCCCGUGGUCUGCCUUUUCUCAAGGUAAAUUUUCUGCCUUAAUUUUACAUCAGAUGCAGAAUUAAUGUUUGAUGUAAUGCAGCCCAACCUCUCUCUUUUCCCCCCAGACCCCUUGAACCUCCCCAUCCCCAUCCCCAACACAGAAUUCACCCCCCACCCACCCUUGGCCUCCACCUCUAGGUCUCACCUGAGAGAAAGAUGCUGGAGGAGGAAUCUAAGGCAGGGGUGGGAGGGGGAAAUAUAUCUCCUCCUCUUGUCAGUCUCUUCCUCUCACUUCCUCACCUCCUCCCCCUACCCCCCCCCCCACAGGCUGGGGCUGUCCCCUUCCAUCAGUGGCAUUGUCCAUUCACCAGCUAUCUCAGACAAUGAGUCUAAUGUACAAAAUCUGUAGUGUCCUUUUUAUUCGCACCUUUUUUUUAUAAGAAUAUACUGUAAUACUAAAAAAUAUUAAAUCCGUACAGCCCCUUUACUGCCUGUCUUGUGCCUAGUCUUUGUUAUCUUUCAUCUUUUUGCUUCAAAAAUGAGUGUUUAUGUUUUGGAACUGGGGAAGAUGACAUCGAGAUGGAACCUGGGAGAGAGAAGGUUAGGUUAGGGCCAGGAGGCAAAGCCUAAGACCAACUGAGGGUGGAGAGAAAUCUUGGAUUUAAACAAAGAGGUGGGUCCUGGGGAAUAUGCUACUGCAAAAACAGGAGUAGAGCCUUUUUAAAUCUCAUCAUUGCAAAGGGAAGCCUUUUUUAUGGUCAAAUGUGUAAAGUGAGUUAAGUUGUUCAUGGAUCUUCAACUGGUGGGAAAAGGGAAUAAGUUUUCCUGUGGUGAUGGCUGGGGAGAGAAGGUGGGGGAAGGAACAUGGGACCUAAGGCUACCAGCCCAGGGCUGGUCUGAUCCCUAUUUUGGGGGGACAGGGGAU